AUGUUUGGUUGAAUGCGACCACCACACCACACCAACUGCCGCAACUUAUUACAUUUUUUUUCUCUUUCUUUCUUCAUUCCUUCUCAAUUCUACAGAAUCCAAUUUCAAUCCCUCUCUAAAAGCAAAAGUUGAGCAGAAAAUCAAGGGGGGAAGAAGCCAGAAGGAAGAUGAGAGAGAGAGGAGAAUCAAAGCUUCAUAACAAAAAAUUAAUCCCUCCUUCUCUUUUGCCUUGUGGGUUCAUUUAGCUGAUAGAAGAAGAAGGAGGAGAAGAGGCCAUUGGCAUCACCCAGUUUUGGACCUCUUCCAAGAAACCUCUGCUCUUGGAGAUGGCAGCUUCAGAACUUGAAACCGAAGACGUUUGCUCGGAUAUUUACGUUAAUCUGGGGCUUAAGUCAUUGCGGAAAGGAAUUCGGAGAAAUCCUCGUGUUCUCUUGCUUCUUUCUUCUCUCUUAGAAAGAUCUGUUCAAAGAAAUGAGUUGCUAAUGGAGGCCACACAAGUAAAAGAUGCUCGUACAAUGUUUCAUGGUUUACAAGCUCCCACCUUGAGUAUUCGUUGUUAUAUCGACCGCAUCUUCAAGUACUUCGGCUGCAGCCCAUCAUGCUUUGUCGUUGCUAAUAUCUAUGUCGAUCGAUUCCUCAAGUGCAUGGAGAUCCAAUUGACUUCCCUCAACGUCCAUCGGCUGCUGAUAACAAGUAUAAUGCUGGCUGCAAAGUUCAUCGAUGAUGCAUUCUUCAACAAUGCCUACUAUGCAAGAGUAGGGGGAGUGAGCACGGCGGAGUUAAACCGACUCGAGAUGAAGUUUUUGUUCAGUAUAGACUUCAGACUUCAGGUAAGUAUACAGACAUUCGGGCGAUACUGUUAUCAACUGGAAAAAGAAGGAAUGGAAACACGGCAGAUCGAACGCCCGAUUCGAGCUUGCGGGAUUAAGGAGAGCUGGUCGAGUAAAGACGAGAACUCACGUGCUUCAACAACAGCCAGAUGAUUCUUUUACCCCAAAAACUUUGUAUGUAAAAUCAAAUUACAACCGUUUCUACAUAGCCUAAAAUUUGAUUCAUUUAGAAAUUUGCAUUGCUGAGAAGAUGCAAAUCAUUUCCAAUGGAUUUUAUAUUCUUGUGAAUUCUUUUUCUUAUUUUUAAGUGAGGCUGAGACUCCUACUAGAGAAAUAUAUAUCUAUAUCGUUAUAAAUUGAA